CUCUCCCCUCUGCCAAUCCCUACUGCUGUCUGCGCUCUGCUAUACCAUCCACUCCCUUGCUGUUGAGCUGUCGCCGCCAUGCUGUUGCUCGACUACCAAAACGUGCUCAUUGAGUCGCUGCUCAAGGACCGCUUCUCUGGUGCUGCCCCCACCUCGAUUGACCAGAUCGUCUCGGACUUUGACGCCGUCACCUUCCACAUCUCGACGCCCACGUCAAAGACAAAGAUCCUCAUCUCCAUCAACAUCAAAUGCUACAAGGAACUGGUUCAAUAUGGCGCCGAGCAGGUCCUCGAACGUGAAUACAAGGGCUACAUUGUCGAGCCAGAGUCUGGCUACGACUUCUCUGUCGAGAUUGAUCUGGAGAAGCUCCCUGCCGACGAGGAAGCCCGCACCGACCUCAUCUCCCGCCUCAGUCUGCUAAAGCGCAACGCCAUGGCUGCUCCCUUCGAGCAAGCUUUCGAUGAAUACCAGGCCCUGCACGACGAGGCCUCCAAGUACACUUCCGAGUCUGCUCCCCAGGGUGUUCUUGAGGGCGGCCAGGUUAGAGCCAUCCACUACCGCGAGGAGGAGGCCAUCUACGUCAAGGCCAGCCACGACCGUGUCACCGUCAUCUUCAGCACAAUCUUCCGCGAGGAGACGGACCGCAUCUUUGGCAAGGUCUUUUUGCAGGAAUUCGUCGACGCUCGUCGCAGAGCAAUUCAGAAUGCCCCACAGGUCCUCUUCCGUCAUGAUCCGCCUCUGGAGCUGCAGGGCAUGUCUGGUCUGCCUCCUUCAGGCACCGCCGAUGUUGGCUACGUCACCUUUGUCCUGUUCCCUCGCCAUCUCCAGCCCGCAAGAAGAUACGAAGUCAUCUCCCACAUCCAGACUUUCCGCGACUACUUCCACUACCACAUCAAGGCCUCAAAAGCCUACAUUCAUUCGAGAAUGCGCAGACGAACCGCAGACUUCCUCCAGGUCCUUCGUCGUGCAAGACCGGAAGCUGAAGAGAAGGAGCGCAAGACGGCUAGUGGCAGGACCUUUAGAGUCCAGGCGUAGAUACAUACCAUGUUUAUACAGCGAAACAACAGAAACGAUACAUUUCAAUGACCUCAUGGAUUUUCUGUUGUUCUCGAAGCCUCUCUGUCGUUUGGAAUAUGAUCCAAAUUAUCUUCUCGC